AGCUGCCRCAACAACAGCAACAGCAUCAACAUCAGCAUCAGCAACAACAGCAGCAACAUCAGCUGCAACAACAUCAAAUAACCGCACAAAUACAAACCAUGAAAGAUCAACCGCAACAACCAAUGGCACCCAUGGCCUUCUACCCCACAUGGCAGGCUGAUCCCUCACAGGGUUGGCAAAAUCAAUUUAUCCAGCAAAUUCCACAGAACACACCACCCAUCACAUCGMUCAACUCUUUGGAUUUCCAAACGCAAUCAUAUGCCUACCCAUCAAAUGGUUAUGUGCAGACUGGGCUCGGAUUUGAUCCGAAUUACGGACGUUCUCCRUAUGGUGCUCCCGUACAGCGUUACGAUUUCCAGAGUCAACAACUCUCGACUGCACCCAUCAAUCAGGUGGGACUGCAGGGUGUUGGCUUCAGUCCGGCCGCCGUUACAUAUGCCGGUCAGGUGUCGACAGCGCCAGCACCGCCUUCGGUUGGUUUGCAACAGCAGCAACAUUUGGGUGUGUCAUCUGGUGAUUUGAAUAAGACGAUGUCGGGAAACGACACGCCUGGAUAUCCGCGAGUGAGCAGCGUGCCGCCGCGCUCACUCAAUUGUAACGGGUAUUCAGGCGACUACAGCGGCUCAAGUCAACAACAGCAACAGACAACAACGAGCAACAACAGCUCAGCAGCUGCAGUAGCCGGCACCGCAAUUGCCGGCAACAAUGCGAACGCCACACCGCUAAACGGUGGUCAAACUACAGCAGCAGCGACAACGGCUGCCAUUGAUGCAACACCGAUGCAACCGCCAAGCAUCCCCAAUGUGCCACAAUCGCCAACGCGUAAUCUGAUGCAACAACAACAGCAGCARCAACAACAACAACCCCGCCAUGUUUCUCAGUCACCGAACCAUAUUGCACAAUCGCCCAACGGCAAUAUGACAACGGCACAACAGGCCUACGGCACCAACAUUCCACCCUCGCCACAUCACAAUUCCAUGCAGCAACAACAACAACAACAACAACAGCAGCAGCAGCAAGGGCAAAGCCACAUUGCAUCACCGCCACAAGCACAACAACACCAACAGCAACAGCAGCAGCAGCAGCAGAUGCAACAAGACUGGAAUUGGAACAGCCAGUCACAACAGUCCCCAGCGAUUGGCGCCACCAGUGAUCCUUACCAGCAGGGUGAACGCGUUAAUCUGAAUACGCGUAUAAAAUCGAUGAUACUUCGGAAAAAUGAUCCCAAAGAUCCGCUCUCAAGCACCCCUACCGAUCUGCAUAUGUCCAGCAAUCCCGCAACGCUCGGUGCCGGUUCCAAUGCGUUGGGCACCAACCAACAAGCGCAGACCGGUCAUUUUUUAUCGUAUAGCCACCAUCUCCGCGGCGAUUCAGUAAUGAACGCCAAUGGUACGACUGGUUCUAAUGUGUCUGCAACACAAGCUGCACAACAACAGCAGCAGCAGCAGCAGCAACAGCAACAACAGCAGCAAAUGCAAGGCAUACAAACGUCCAAUAGUUCCGGUUUGACACCCGGUCAUGGCACAUUAGCAGCCGAACCAAUAGGAGGUGGUGGCGAUCAAAUAUGGAAGCCACACCACACGAAUUCGUUUAAGAAACCGGUGGCGAGUAGCUUCCCCACAGCCGAACAUCAUCAUCAACAACAGCAUACAACAAUCAGUCAUGGUGGACACACCACUAUAGCACACACUGAAGUCCAACCGAAAAAAUCCAGUCGUAAGAGUAAAAGUCGUGCUGCCGCAGCAGAAGCAGCUGAACUCGAUAAGAAUAGCAAUGAUCCUGGUGGCGGACUUCAUGGUCCACUACAUGGCUCACAUAAUAUAAAAUCUUUGGAUAAGACUGGCUACCCACCCUCACAUGGCUAUCCGCCGCCACAACAUCCUGAUUACCACACGCCAUAUAUCAAGACCGAACCGGGUCUCUUGCCUGCCCAACAUACCAAAAUGGAGGGUUACGAGCGCAACUAUCAGAACUUCAUACAAUAUGCCGACUUUUGCCAGAAUGAGGUACAAGGCAUGCCAUCACAACAACAACACCACCAAAGUCAGCAGGAUUAUGCCAGUUAUCAUAACUCACCAUACUAUGGCGGCUCGAGUUCAUUCCAACAAAGUUAUCAGCAAAACUUUGUGCCCGGCUAUCAACACUCGUCGGGUAGCAUGGGUUAUGGCAGUACGCAUGGCAUGCAUCCGCAUCACUCCAGUUCGCUUGGCCAUUCCAGCCACAUAAAAGCAUCCAACGGUCCACUAAUGAAGUCCAGUAGUAGUUCUAGCUUACAUCACCACAACAACCAUCAUUUAAUGGAUAUUGACCGCAAACCGGAUACCAAUAGCAUCAUACCAUUGCCCACAAACUAUGAAAAAGACAUACCAGCCCAUGCGUAUCCCAUACCACCGCAUCGGUAUCCACUAGGACCAACGCCAUCGCACUUGGGUCACACGAUGAUUGAGCCGAAAAUCGAAGACUUGGGUGUGCUAUCUCAUAACACCAGUUAUCCGUUUAUGGGUGAAGGUGGACCAGCAGUAAUGAAAAAUAGUUCUGGCUUUUCCUGUUGCCGACAAGGCGGCACACGCACACCCACCGCGGAACAUCUCAAAGGCGGCACUUGUACGGGUAUACAAACUAAGGACGAAAUUAUGGAUGAACCAAUAGAAGAGCCUGAAGUAAAUAAUGGCGCAAAACCUAAGAAAAAGGGCGCAAAGCAGGAAGAUAAUGAAAUUGUCGUUAAGCAUGAGAAAAUUAAUCCAAUGUUUGAUACCUCAGAUAGAUUGGAAAAAGGCAACAAGACAGAGAUACCAGAGUGUGAGUGCUUUCAUUCCGACAAGAAUCCACCCGAACCUGGUACAUACUAUACGCAUCUCGGUACUGCAUCGACUUUGUCGGAACUGCGUAGAGAGUUCGAAGAACGUUGUCAAAUUUCUGGUAGGCAGCUGCGUAUAGAGAAGAUCAUUUACACGGGCAAGGAAGGUAAGACCACGCAAGGUUGUCCCUUGGCAAAAUGGGUUAUACGACGCGCCGAUCCAGAAGAAAAAAUUUUGGUUGUUGUCAAGAAGCGACCAGGUCACAGGUGCGGCGCUGCUUUCAUCAUCGUGUGCAUGGUUGCUUGGGAUGGCAUGCCGCGUCUAGAAGCGGAUAAUGCUUAUAAAAAUCUUAUACCAAAGCUUAAUAAAUUCGGACUUCCAACAACGCGUCGCUGUGCCACCAAUGAAAGUCGCACCUGCGCAUGUCAAGGUCUUGAUCCUGAAACAUCGGCUGCCUCGUAUAGUUUUGGUUGCUCUUGGUCCAUGUACUAUAAUGGCUGUAAGUAUGCACGCUCGAAGACGGUACGCAAAUUCCGACUGUCCGUUAAAAGUGAAGAGUCGGCCAUCGAAGACCACAUGAAUCUUUUGGCCACCGUGUUGGCACCACUCUUCAAACAAGUUUGCCCCCGUUCAUAUGACAAUCAAACCAAGUACGAAAAGGAGGCAACAGACUGUCGUCUGGGACUGGAAACUGGACGACCCUUCUCUGGCGUUACCGCUUGUCUAGACUUUUGUGCGCAUGCACAUAGAGAUUUGCACAACAUGCAGGACGGCUGUACAGUGCAAGUAGCGCUGCUGAAACCAUCAAAUCGUGAUGGACGUCCACCCGACGAUGAACAAUUGCAUGUGCUACCGUUAUACACCAUGGACACGACGGACGAAUUCGAAAGCAUGGAGGGGCAACGUGAGAAACAUCGCACCGGCGCGGUACAAGUGUUGGACAAAUUUCCCUGUGAAGUACGUGUGCGCUCCACACCGCUCAUACCUUGCCGGCGCCAUGGCAAAAAGCGAAAAGAGGACGAAACGCCCGCACCUGAUGCCGAAGCGGCAGCCACUAYGGCCGCCACAACGCCGACAACACCAACACCUACUGCCACRCCGCAACCGACGAACAAUGCCGCUAACGCCAACAACAAUAACGGAAACAAUGGCACUGCUAAUGUGGCUAACAACAAUACCAACACGACUGCAAUCAACGGCAAGAAGGAAGGUGGCGGUAGCAAUGGUAAAUCAAAGUCGAAAUCAAAAGCGGGGGCUGCAGUCAAUAACACAGCCACAACACCGUUAUCAGCACCGCCAUCAACACCGUCGCCGCGCUGUCAAACGCCUGUGACCAACAAUCCCAGUCCGGCAGGCAGUGCGUUCACAACACCGCCAGUGAACAAUAACAACAAUCCACAUAUGAAUACCGCUGUGAACAACGCGGUCGGAGGUAACCCACCUAAUCAGCUCAUGUCGUCCAAUUCCAGUCUAAUGAAUAUGGCGACUAUGAUAGAUACCUUCACAGAUGCKCAAUUGCAAUCCAAUCAGAUCUCAAGCACGGUGCUCGAUUCGCCCUACUCGUACGACUACCAGACCGGUUCCUACAUAGACUCACGCAACUACUACGGCAAUUGGCCACCGCCGCAURCCACGCACGCCACACACGCAGUUGGCAUGAGCGCGGCACCAGGCGCCACUGCAGCACCGAUGGCACCGCCGCAAGGCAACGUACAUCAUACCACCACCGCCGCACCGCUAACACCACAUCACGACACGACCAAUGCAACAUAUGGUAGCAACUACAAUAAUCUACCAACGGCUGGUAGUCAACAGCUGACGCAAGUGCAUGACGUGCGCGGCGAUGUGAAGAGCCGCGGCAGUGAGGAGAACCCCGACUCCACCACCAUAGUGAAUAAUACUUUAGCUGAAAGUAAGUUGACCACACUCACUCCAUUGACACCAAUGACUAAUCUAACACAACACCAUCAACAUCCACACCAUCAUGCUACGCCCAUCGAAGAAGGCUUUGUCAAACCAAAACCACCGGCAGACUAUCAGUACACCCAGUACCCAAGCAACUAUCAAAUGUAUCCGCCACCACAUUCGGCCUACUCCGCCUACGACGCGUACCAGAACAUGAACUACAACUAUGGUUAUCAUCAGGCCUACUCACCGUACAGCAUGUAUCCGCAGCAAACACCGCCGCAUACGCCGCCACCACCAUCACCGAACUGGAAUAUGUACGGUCAUCAUCAGAGCACCGCCUCCACGGCUGCGUACGCAACCACAGUGCUACCGCCGAACGGUGGUACGCAUCAGCACGCUUCGUUAGCCACGGCCAUAUCACAGGCGCAAACGCAAAUGCCGAUCUCCAAUGGCAAUCUGAAGAAUUCGUUAUCCACACCAGUGGCACAGGUCACACCAACAGUUGACGCUCAACAGAUGCAACAAGUGCAAACGCAAGCGCCGGUACAGGCGCAAACGCAGCUACCAAUGGUGCAAGCACAGACUGUGCUGCCCGAUCUCAACAACGGCAAUGCGCAGUCGACACCGUUAAACACGGAGCUUACGAACUCCAACCCGACGCUGAUUGCAAAUGCUAAUGUAACCUCACCCAUUGCCAAUACCGCUGUGCCGACACCAAUYACUGCUAUCAGCAAUGAUAACAGCAACAACAGCACUAGCAACAGCAAUGAUAACGGCAGUCCAACAGCAUUGAAUGGCGCUGCAACCGACGCGGGCGCAAGUAAUUGCGGCACAAGUAGCAGUACCAACACAACAACAACGACAACCACCACUACUGCCACAGCGGCGGUGGCAACCACCUCCAAUCCGAAUAAGUUGGAACCGAUUGGCGAGGUAACGGAAAUCAAUGACAAUUACGAAGCAUUCGCCGACCCACAAAUGGGUGGUGUGGCCAUUGCGCUCAAUCACGGCAGCGUACUGAUCGAGUGCGCCAAGCACGAGUUGCAUGCAACAACGGCAUUGCGCAAUCCCAAUCGACAUGAGCCGACACGCAUGACACUCAUUUUCUACCAACAUCGUAAUUUGAAUCGUGCGCGUCACGGCAUCGACGAGUGGGAGGAGAAGAUGCGUGUGAAGAAAAUCAACACAGACCUCGAUAAUAAAGCCAAAGAAGAACGUGAAAAGCUAAAGAAAGAGCUUGAGGGUGGUGAUGGCGAAGAAGACGAAGACAAUGCUGAAGGCGCGCUCACAAAUGGCACAGCACAGGGUAGCAACAGCGGCACGGGCGGUGGCGCCAAGAAAGACGGUACGAACGCAACAAAUAACGGUAAUUGUGGUGCUCUGGCAACACCAAUGGAGACGACAACGCUGGCAAAUAGCGCAGUAACGGCACCGGCAACAGUGAAGAGUAGCGGGAAUGGCGGUUCGGCAAGCAAAAAGAAAAAGGAUUCGGGUAAGAAGAAUGCCAACUCAAAUGCAAAUGUGAACGAAAUUGCUAAUGAGAAUUCUGCUUCUUCCGUUGAGCAGGCAAAAAGCGGGAAGGCGUCACUCCACGCGCCAACACUAACAACCACCUCAUGGACGACCCUCUUUCCUAUGCACCCGUGUGUGGUUACGGGACCCUACCAGGAGGGCAACACUAGUCCAACAGCGGCAGCAAACGUGCAACAAGAGCAACAGGAAUUGCAACAGCAGCAGCAACAGCAGCAGCAGCAGCAACAGCAAUUGCAGCAAGAACCGCUUAAGCAGCAAUUGCAGGAACAACAGCAACAGCAAUUGCUGCAAGAACAGCAUAAGCAACAAUUGCAACAGCAACAACUACAGCAGCAGCUAAUGUUACAACARCAGCAGCAACAGCAACAUCAAAUGCCUGCAUAAGUAGGCGCCGUGUGUGCGUCAGCCUGUGUUGCCUCCAUUCAACUUGUGUAUUAAGGUAGCUUUUGUUUUUGUUUGAAGCAAUUAGCUAUAAAAUACAUUUAAGCCGAGUUUUUCAUUCUCUUUUUCUUUUUUUUUUUUUUUUGUCAGACGAGCUUCUAACUGUUUUGCUCGUAUUUGUUCAUACAAACUUAUUCUUAACACGUUUAGUGCCAUAUUUUCGUUGUUUGUAUUUUUUGACAUCUGUGGGUAACUGUAACAAGCACAAGGUAGCUGUAAAACAAAGAGAGUGACAAUCUAGCCGUUGAAAAAUAUUUUUGAAAUUAUUCAGCUCAUAACACACAUACAAACAUACUUUUACUUACUAUUUGUUGUUCAUACAACUGUUUACAUAACGGAAAUUCAAGAAAAUUUAGCGUUGAAUGCAACAGUCUAACGACAACAGAUAGCGAGUGACAUGAGACAUAAAAUUUUUAUAAACAAAAAAUAUUAUUAACACAAUGCUGCAGUAAAAAACUACUCAUAUUUCAAAAAAAAAAUGUUUUUCUGUGUUUUUAAAAGACAAAGAGUUCACUAUAAUAAAAUAUUUUUUCUAUUUGCUUUAAAAGAACUUGCAACAAAUUACACACAGAGAACUAAGCGUUGAACAUUAAAAAUUUUAUUUACAUAAAUAUUUUACCUAAACGUGAGUGUUGAAAUUUUUGCUGCAGGCAAGAAAUGUAUAUAUAUUUCUAAAAAAAAUAUCAUAAAUUUGCGCAAACUAAUUUAGCAGGCGUUAAAUAUAACAAAAAUUAGCACAAAACUCAAAUAUUUUUGAAUUAUUGAACUUACACAAACAAUUCAAAAACAAAAUUUUCACGCUCACAACAACUACAAACACACAAAACUACUAAGUAAAAUAAUAUGAAGAAUACUCUACAAAUUACUAAAAUACUAAACUAGUUAAAUCAAAUACACAUAGCAGCAGCAACAGCAGUAUCAGAAACAACCACAACAAAAACAAAUCACCUUAGUAAUACUCCACUUAUUUUCUUAAAUUAGUCAUACACGAAAGCAAGACUAUAAAUUUAGCAAAGAGUAAAAAGCAUAAACAAUUUGAAAACACACAUACUAAUAGCAGCAUACUUAUAUACAUACAUACGUACAUACAUACAUAAAUUCAUACAGCAGUUUGGAGUGAAAUAAAUUUUUUAUGCAAAUAGCCGACAAAACUCAUUUGAAAUACAAAUGUAGCAUACUUUUAAGUACAUACAUAAAUACUAAGUGAAAAAGUCAACAAA